AUGUUAUUUAAGCUUGUCCGUUUUUUAAUAUACAUAUAUUUGUAUUCCUUUUAUUAUCAACACUUGAAUAAUGUUAAUGCGUUAAAUAAUAAUAAAUAUAAGAAUGUGUUUUUUUUUGAAUCACCCAAUGUGCUAAUAAAUAAGAGAAGAAGAAACUAUAAGAGGAAAAUAUAUUUACAUGAAGAACCAAAAUUACAGUAUGAUUUUAUUAACAUCGAAAAGAAAUGGCAAACUAUCUGGAAUUCUAAAAGUUUAUUGGAUAGAGACUUUGAGAUAUAUAAUAAAAUUAAUUUGGAAAGAAAACAAAAAAAAGAAAAAAAAGAAAAAAAAUAUAAAAAUGUAGAUAAAAAGUAUAAAGGUGUAAAUGAUCAAAAUGAUGUUAUAAAUAAUUCUAAUAUAGAUAUAAAUAAACCGAAAAAUGAUGGUAAUCACAAUAGUGACAAUCUUUAUAAUUAUAAUAAUCAUAAUAAUAAUAAUAAUAAUCAUAAAAAUAAUUAUUAUAGUAGAAAAAAAUUUUACAUAUUAGAUAUGUUUCCAUAUCCUUCUUCAGAAGGAUUACAUGUAGGUCAUAUAUUAUGUUUCACUAUUACAGAUAUUAUUAGUAAAUUUAAAAGAAUGAAUAAUUAUUGUGUUUUUCAUCCCAUUGGUUGGGAUAGCUUCGGUUUACCUUGUGAUAGAUUAUCAAUGAAAAAAAAAAUAGAUCCAAGAAAAAUUAUAAAUAAAAAUAUAAAUAAUUUCAAAAAUCAAUUAAUCAAAUUAGGUUUUCUUUUUAAUUGGAAAUGUGAAAUAAAUACAUGUGAUCAAAAUUAUUAUAAAUGGACACAAUGGAUUAUUAUACAACUGUUUUUAAAUAAUCUAAGUUAUAAAAAAUCUUCAUAUGUUAAUUGGUCAAAUGAAUUACGUUGCGUAAUUUCAAAUGAUGAAUUAAGAAAUGAAUUAAAUUUACAAUCUCUUCAAAUUCAAAAAAUUAAAUUGUUACAGUGGUAUCUUAAAAUUACAAAUUAUGCUAAUCGUCUAAUUAAAGAUUUAAAUUUAAUUAAUUGGCCUACUAAAAUUAAAAAUAUGCAAAUUAAUUGGAUUGGUAAAAAAACAGGCAUAUUCUUAAAAGCCAGAAUUAUUUCUUUACACAAAAUUUUAACAAACAAUAAUUUAAAAAAUAAAAAAUGUUAUCAUAAACAUAUGAUUAAUAUUUUUUAUAAUAAUAUAUUUAAUCACCCUUUUUUUAUAUUAAUAAAUUAUAUAUUAUCAUCCAUAUUUAUAUUUCAUAACUAUAUAAAUUAUUUAAAUGAACAAACAAAUGAAAAACAAAAUUCACAUAUCAAACAAUUAAAUAAUCAAAUGGAAAUAUAUAAUUUUAUUAAUAAAUACAAAUUUUUCUUUUCAUAUGAUCAAAAUGAUCUUUUUCUUUUCUUCUCUUGUUUUUUUAAUUAUUAUGAUAAUACAAAAAAUAUAGACAACAUGAAAGAACAAAAAUUAAACCUUCCAAAUGAUAAUUUUCAAAAUGAACAAUUUGAAGUGUAUUAUAAUAUUUUAAAUAAUAAUAAUAAUUCCUCAUUUUUUUUUGAUACCAAUUGGAUAUAUUUUAAUGGUCAAAAUGAUAUGAUAAUACAAAUGUUAUUAAAUAAUAAAGAAAGCUAUAAUGCCAAUUAUUUCUUAUACAACUUUAAAGAUAAUAUAAAAAGUAAAGAUUUUAUAAAUGAUCAUAAUAAUGAAAAUGUGUUAAAUCAAAAAAAUUGUUAUGUAAAUAUAUUUUUAAAUAAAAAUGAAUUUAUUUGGCAAAAUGAUAAAUUAAUCAUAAGUGUGAAUCAUCCAAAUAUUAGAAAUAUUGUUAAUCAUAAUCCUUUUUUAUUAAAAUUUAUUGAUAAAAUGAUUCUUGAAAAGGAUACAGUAAGAUUAAAAAAUGAAGAAUUAUAUUUCACAGGGUCAGUUAUUUAUUCACCUAUAAUAAAUAAAAUUAUUCCUAUAUAUGUAUCUGCAUAUAUUUUAGAUAAUAAUAAGAAUUUCCUCUUUCUAAAAAAAGAUAUGAUAAAUUAUUCAAAGGAUCAAAAUAGCAAUACUAAUACUUCAUCAAUAUAUAAAUUAUUGAAGGAUUCAAAUUAUAGUAAAAAAAAAAAUAUUUAUAAUUUAAAAGAUUGGUUAUUUUCAAGACAAAGAUAUUGGGGAGAACCAUUUCCUUUUCUAUAUAAAAUUAAAGAUAAAAAAGGGACAUAUAUGGAUAACACUAAAAAGGAUCAACAUAAUGUUAAUUAUAAUGAUAAUAUGUUAAGUCAUUGUAAAAAUAUUAAUAAUGAUUCCAAUUAUUAUUAUCAAAAUAAUGAUAAAAAAAUAAAAAUAAAAAAAGUCAUAAAUUCUCCAAAUAAUAAUAUUUAUAUAGAUGAUUUACCAUUAAAAUUACCAAAAUUUAAUAAAAAAAUAUACGAAAUAAAUCAUAAUAACGAACAGAAUGUAAAUAAAGUUUCUUCUGUUUUGUCUAGAUUUAAAAAAUGGAUAAUUACCAAAAAAUAUAAUAUGCUAUAUAAAAGAGAAAGUGAUAUAAUGCCACAAUGGGCAGGAUCAAGCUGGUAUUUUCUUAGAUAUAUUGAUCCAAAAAAUGAAAAAGAAAUUUUUAAUAAAAAUAAAAUUAACUCGUGGCUACCAGUAGAUUUAUAUGUUGGAGGUAGUGAACAUGCUGUAUUGCAUUUAUUAUAUUCAAGAUUUUUUCAUAAAUUCUUAUAUGAUCUCAAAUUAACCAAACACAAAGAACCCUUCCAAAAAUUAUUUAAUCAAGGGCUCUUACUAAAUACAACGUCAUUCUAUUUAUAUACCACCUUAGAUAAUAAACUUGUUAGUUUUGAACAAAUUAAUGAAAAAAAAAUAAAUGCAAAUACAAAUACAAAUACAAAUACAACUAAUUAUUUAAAUGUACCAAAAAAUAAUUAUCUUAUGGAACAAAAUAAAAAAGUAAAUAUAAAUGUAGCAUAUAGCCAAAAUGAUUGUGAAACAAAUAAUUUAUUAACGGGUCAGGUUUUACCUGAACAAAAGCUUGCAUGUUCAGGUGAUCAAAAUGGAAAAAAUAUAGCUGAAAAUAAUGAUGAGAGAAUUAAUGAUAUAAAUAUAUCACCAAAUGGUAGUUUAUUAAAUAAGGAUAUUAUUAAAAAUAACAUGAAUGAUUGUAUGAAAGAAAACGUAAAAUAUAUUUUGAGAAAAGAUGAAAGAUAUGAUGAUAUAUCAAAAAAAAAUGAAUUAAUAAAUGAGGUAGAUGAAAGUGAAUUAAAGGAUAAAAUUUUAUCAAAAAAUAAUUACACGAUAGUUGAUAAUAAGUAUAAGAAAUUUUUAAUUGAUGAAGAAUAUGUAAAGGAAGAAAAGGAUCAGAAAUAUUAUUUGAAGAAUUUUCCGUCCAUUGAAGUACAACCGAAUUAUGAAAAAAUGUCUAAAUCGAAAGGAAAUACAAUAAACCCAUUAGAUAUUGUAAAAACAUAUGGAUCUGAUUGUUUAAGGUUACAUAUUUUAUUUUUAGGUCCUGUCGAUCAAAAUAAAAAAUGGACAACUAAAGGAAUAAAAGGAACAUUUAAGUUUUUAAAUAAUUUAUAUAAUUUAUUUAUACAAAGAAGUGAUAUGAAAAACAAAGAGAGUAAUAAAAAUAAUAAUAUGUGUGCACAUGUAGUAGAUAAUAUGAAUGAUUUUGUAUGUCAUAAAGAUAAUAUUGAGAAAUGUGUUAAUAAAAAAAAUAUUUUAUUAAAAGAUGAUGAAUAUGAAAAAGAGAAACAUAUUAAAUUAAAAAGAAAAGAAAAAAAGAAAUUACAAUAUAUUAUUUGUAAAAAUUGUAAGAAGAAGAGUAGUAAUAAAAAAUUAAUUUUAAAUUUUUUAAAAAAUAAAUAUGGUUUUACACCAAAUAAUAAAUAUAAAAAAGUAAAUGAUUAUUUAAAUAUAAUAUUAAAAAAGGAUUCACAUGUAUUUAAUAAAUUAUCUGAUAAAAUAAAAAAGAUAAAAAUCGAAGAUAUAGAAAAUGAAAAGAAAAAAAAAGUAAAUUAUUAUAUAGAAAAAAUUACGAAUUGUAUUAAUGAUAUAAAAUUAAAUACAGCUGUUUCUUUUUUUAUGAAAUUUUAUAAUGAAAUAAAAACAUGGGAUAUUAUUCCUUUAAAAAUAUUUCUUAUAUUUGUAAAAUUAUUAUAUCCAUUUUGUCCACAUAUUUGUGAAGAGUUUUGGUUUUAUUAUUUAAAAAGAUAUAAAAUUAGAAAAAGAAAAAAAAUAUGUUAUUUCUGUAAUUCAAAUUUGUUAUAUUAUGGAAGGUGGCCUUCUUUGUUUGAAAUAAAACAAAAUAAAAUGGUCAACAUAUCUAUAAAAAUGAAUAACAAGCAUAUAACAUUUCUUCAAAAGGAUAUAUCAAAUACAGAUGACAUAACAGAAGAGGCAACUAGCUUGAUAAAACAUAAAAUCGAAAAUGAAAUGAAAAAGGGUAGGAAAAUUGUUAACAUAAUAAAUAUUCCAAAUAAAGUAAUAAAUUUUAUAAUAAAAUGA